CCUUGUUUAUUUAUUUAUAUUUUCUCUCACACACACACACUCUCUCCGUUCUGUAGUUUGCUAGAAAUUGUUAAACAUAUAUAGAGAGAGAGAGAGAGUAAGAGAAAAGGUGUAGGCUCAAAUAUUCAAACUUUUUCCUUAUUUCUGCUGUAUAAAGUAUUUCAAGAUCCUCAUUAGGUUUUAAAUCUUUAGGGUUUUUCUGCUACAAGAAGUGAUUUUUAGUAUAAAGGGGUUGUUAUAAGUAUUAUUAUGUCCUGAAUAAUGGUGCCUAUUAAGUGGGAAUCAAGACAGGUAAAGAUUCUGCCUUUAGCAUUUUCUGCUUGGUUUCAUCACUAUCUACUGUUAUUUGCACUGUCAGUGAAAUAAAGCGAUUAAAAUAUUGCUGCCUUAACCACCGCCCCAACUUGCUGCAAGAUUGCAACUUUCUGAUGCACCCACCAUUUUCUUGAAUCUGAGGAUAAAAAUUGUGAUUUUGGGUGUUGGAUUUUUGGUUCAGAGAUGGUGAAAAGAAGUUGAAAAGUUGUUGGUAUUUGGUUUUUUUGUUGUUAAAGAUGAUUUGUUCAUUUGCUGAAGUUAGGUCACAAAGAUGGGUUUCUGGUCAUACCCAUUUGAAAAAUUCUUGGAUUCAACAUCAAAAAGAUGGUGUCUUUACAUAUCCCCCACCUUUGUUUCCCCCAUCUGCUCCUUCAUUUGGUGAAAAUUCUAAUUUUCACAAUGAACCAAACACAUCUAGUUCUUCCAACAAAAUUAGUCCAGCUGUUCUUUUUAUUAUAGUAAUAUUAGCUGUCCUAUUUUUCAUAUCUGGUUUACUCCAUUUGCUAGUUAGAUUCCUUAUCAAACACCCUUCUUCUUCAGCAUCAUCUCAGUCUAAUGGAUAUCCUGAAGUUUCAACUUCAGAUGCUUUACAAAGACAGUUACAGCAGCUAUUCCAUUUACAUGAUUCUGGUUUGGAUCAAGCAUUUAUUGAUGCAUUACCUGUCUUUAUGUACAAAGAAGUUGUUGGUCCUAAAGAGCCGUUUGAUUGUGCUGUUUGUUUGUGUGAAUUCUCUGACAAGGAUAAAUUGAGAUUGCUCCCUACUUGCAGCCAUGCUUUUCAUAUUAACUGCAUUGAUACUUGGCUCCUCUCAAACUCAACAUGCCCGCUUUGUCGAGGAGCCCUUUACAAUCCCGGGUUUCCAAUAGAAAAUCCAAUGUUUGAUUUCGAUGAGCCAAGAGAAGAUGAUGGAUUUCGUGGUAAUGCGGAUCAUGAGUUCUCCACUUCUCAUAAAACAAUUGAAAUAGAAGAAGUUGCAGGUGCUAAAGCGACCUUUCCUGUUCGACUUGGUAAGUUUCGAAAAUUGGAUAAUGGAGCAGGGGAAGGAGAAGGUGUAGGAGAAAGCAGUAGUAGUAAUUUGGAUGCUAGAAGGUGCUUUUCAAUGGGUUCAUAUCAGUAUGUGGUCGGUGAUGUUAAUCUUAAAGUAGCCUUGAGCAGUGAACGGAAGGCAAACAAUAUGAAUCGAGCCAAUUUGUUAGAGAAGAAUCCUAAUCCAUCAAUUGAUGAGGAUAAUGAGGGGAAAAAGAUAGGUAUUGGGACAAAAACAGAUAGCUAUUCUGUUUCCAAGAUUUGGCUUUGGUCGAAAAGAGGCAAAUUCGCGAGUUCUUCAGACUGUCAAAUGGAUGAUCGACCUCCUUCUGGUAUGGACUUGCCAUGGCUUAGAAGAACAGAAGGCAUGUAGUGAAUUCUGAUCUCUUCAUCUCUUUUGUUUGAUCUUUUUUGUUAAAUGAUAACUUAGAGGUGAGUUUGCCUUUUGUGUAGUAUUCUUUUAGAAGCAAAUUCAACAAAGCAUGCCAUACUUGAUAAUCAGCUUGAUUUCAGUCUUGAUCCGAAAGUGUGUUCCACAGCUGUUCUUUACUAUUAUUCAUUUGUUUCUUUAA